GUGAACAUCUUACGAUCCAAGAUGGCGGCCACAAGGCUGUUGUUGGGAUUUUUCUCCUUCUUUAUUUCAACAUAUUUGACAGAAUCUUCCCCUCCUGUACCAGUAUUAAUGUGGUCAAAAGACAGUGCGGUUGCACCUGACCAGCCUAUUAUAGCAGGACAUACUUUGUCACUUUCUGACUUCCAAGAAARAUUUCUCAAGAAAAUACUCACAAAACCCCAGACAGUAGCUCUCUUUCUUCAAGAUAGGUUAAGCAUUGAUGACUUCAGUCGUUUUGGCGAUGCUUAUAACACAGCUACAAAUGUCWUUUUGAUUCAUCUUCAUCCUGUCUCAAAAAGAUCACCUGAAGAUGCUGAAAAAACCUUUAUUCAAAAUGACAAAGCAAUUGCUGAAAUAACAAAACAAGUUUCUCAUCUCAGUCCAUCAUACACUUGCAUCCUGACUGCUUCAGCACCAAAUAAGGAGGUAAGCGAUGAACAUCUACAAGCUGAAUUAUCAAGACGUCCUCAUGACAGAUURCGRCGUGCUCUUGAAGGUGAYAAGCCAUUUGAAGGGGAUGUCAAGAAUCUCAAUGGUAGUUUAUUUGUGAAUGGAAAAAAUUGCAUGUACAUCUACAUGUCUGGCCUUGUUUUUACUGGGAAAAACRAGACAACAGACUUUUUCAAUAUGACUGAUAAGCCAAGUGGAAAGGUUGACAAAACAGAGUGCUCCAACACUACUGUUGCAAACAUCUCAUUUACCUUGACCUUUGGCAAGGCAAAGCCCAACUUAGAAUUUUAUUUCACUCGAUCAAGCUACGACUGGAAGUGUAGCACCAUUAAAUUUACCUGGGACGAUGCAAGUUUUGUCGUUCCGUGUGGCAAAGAAAUGCAAGUCCCUCUGAAGAUGUCUUAUCAUUGCUAUGAAACAACUUUCAAGAAUGCUAACUUCACUUUGAAAUUCAAACAUUUUCAGGUACAGCCAUACAACGUCAAAAAUGGUCGAUUUUCUUAUGCUUACGACUGUGUUGGGUUCUUUUCUGUUCCAAUUCUUAUGGGUUUGUUUGUGAUUGGUAUACUUCUUAUGAUACUGUUCUUUGGUAUCAUGGCUGUGUUUAGUAUUACUACAAUGGAUAGGUUUGAUGAUCCCAAGGGAUCUCUCAGGUCAUUUGGUACUACAACUGGAGUACAGCCAUACAAUGUCAAAAAUGGUCGAUUUUCUUAUGCUUACGACUGUGUUGGGUUCUUUUCUGUUCCAAUUCUUAUGGGUUUGUUUGUGAUUGGUAUACUUCUUAUGAUACUGUUUUUUGGUAUCAUGGCUGUGUUUAGUAUUACUACAAUGGAUAGGUUUGAUGAUCCCAAGGGAUCUCUCAGGUCAUUUGGUACUACGACUGGCUAAUGGUGCACUAGAAUGCUAUUGUUUUAUUUCAAUUUAUUGUACUUGUGUUAGCAAAUUUUUGAAAUUACAAGAUAUGGUUGUGUUCCUUUAAUUAAGAUGAAUUUAUCGCGCAAAAACUGCUAUUACAAUGAGAGCUAUGUUACGUUAUAGUGCUGAUAUUAAGGCAGAUUUUGCAUAUGUGUAAAAUGGAACAUGCCAGAGCUGUACAAUAUAAAUGUACGUCACGAAAACACCUGACGUUUGCCUUAAACGUUCCGUGACAAUAUCAUUUGCACACUCAUAAACUUCUUACUUUUAAGAUAGUGUAAUAUUCAUAAUAUGUACCAAAACAUGAGGUACAUAGUAUAGUCUUAAUGAUGGAAUCUCAGUCUUCUUCAUGACUAAUAUAGACCUUUGAAGCUUUUACGUCACCUACUUAAUUUGCAGUGCAUUGUGGGAUUAGUUCUCAUAGAAAACAAAAGAAAUUCGCCAUGUUUUGACCCAAAUAUAUCCUACAUUGCAUUGCUUAUACGGUAUAUGACGUGCAAGAUUCAGAUUUCUAUUUUUUGUUUUUGUUUUUCUUAAAAUAAGACUGGAUCCGGUACUUGACGUAACUCUUGUAUUUGUCCAGUCAAUUUUAUUUCAACUUUAACACAACAAUACUAAUAUGAGGAAUAAUUGCUAAAUGUAGUUAUGCAGCACGUACUUUGUGAACCUGAUCACUAGAAUCGAAUGUCAAGAAAUCGAAGCAUUUUCACCAGGGUUGAAUGCCAUAUUGGUCAAUAAGCAUUGAUCAGGAAUAGACCCUAAAAUCAAUUCAUUUAGAAGUGUUGAGUCUUUUUUUUUUUAAAUUGUGACUCAAUCUUGGUAUCUCAGAUAGGGGGUAGAAAAAUCGUCUGCUUGUAGGGUAGAUGAAACUACAUGUGGUGUGGGAAUGGUGGUAGUGAUAUCAUCAUUGUGUAAGUAUAGUAGUGUAUCGAUUUCAAACUUGAAAUAACGCUUGGGGAUGUUACAAUAAUUAGUAAUGGAUAUCAAAAUUAAUAUUUACAAGUAAACUAGUUUCCAUGUAAUCGUCUGAAUUGCACAAAAACGAGUUUUAGCUUUGUUCUAGUUUCCUGAAGGCAAAUAGCAUGAAAGCAAAUCCCAUUUAAGGGCGCUUAAUUGAGACGAUUAUAUUGACACUGGGCCUAUUAUGAUGAAAUCCUGUUAUAUUGAUUUACUUACAUAAUAAAAUGGAAUGUUAAAUUGGUUA